AUCUCUAGCUACAUUCCUUAUACCUAUUUCGUUAAGCUCUUCCAUGAUCGAUCUUUUGUUAAUUGCAUCCUCAACAUUCAUCUUGUUUUGUUAUUGUUUAUGUGUUAUAAUUAGGUCUUCCCAAUAUUGCAUUGUGCAUUUGAAUUAUUACUGGAACAAGUUUUCAACAAUGAUUGAUGUCCGGCCAGCUUUCUUUCGUUUAUCCGUAAUUUCAAUAGCUUUAUACUUCCUCCGCCUCCUCAGGCUCAGGCGGAUGACUUGCAUGGCUUUGUUAAUCGCCCCCGCACCCCCUCCACCUCCUCCUCCGCCCACUACGUCUCCCUCCUGCACCUGCCAUCAUCAUCAACCCUGCACCUCUUCUAAUUCCCAACUUGAUCCAAACCAUCUGCCCAACAAUAUUGGGAUAAAAAAUAAACAGCUGCUAAUUGGACGAGGCAACAGCAAUGAAGUAUUAGUUAAGCCAUCGAGGAAGAGGCCGGCCCGGCUUGUUGUCCCCACGGACCUGGAUUCCAUUGAAAAGGUGAAAAGGAUGGAUAAUAUGAUGAAAGAAUUGGAGAUAAUCCAGGGCAGAGAUUUCUUCUUGGCAAGCAAGAAGGGUAGGAGAGAGGUCAUGGAAGAUAGGCACGCAGUUGUGCUUGAUAUUUCAGGUGACCCUAAACAAGCGUUCUUCGUAGUAAUUGAUGGGCAUGGAGGGCAUGAAGCAGCAGAUUAUGUGGCUAAAAAUUUAGGGAAGAACAUAGUGAAUGAGUUACAAGGCGUGGGAGUUGGCAAGGCCGGAAACCAGAUUGAAGCCGCUUUGCGCGGAGGCUACUCAGCCACGGAUAAAGAGUUUCUUGCUCAGGAUGUACAUGGAGGAGCGUGUGCAGCGGGUGUGCUGCUCAAGGAUGGAGAAGUGCACGCGGCACAUGUGGGUGACUGUAAAGUAGUGUUGAGCAGGAAAGGGAAAGCCAUUACAUUGACAAAUGAGCAUCGGCUGAGCAGGGAAGACGAGCGUGAACGCAUUGAGAAUUCGGGUGGUUUUCUGCACUGCCACAAUGGAGUGUGGAGGGUGAACGGAUCGCUGGCGAUAUCGAGGGCAUUUGGGGACGUGCAUUUGAAAGAUUGGAUAAUCUGUGAGCCUGAGAUAGUGAAGGUGGCCUUAACAUCAGAGUGUGAGUUUCUGAUAGUAGCUUCGGACGGGUUAUGGGAUAGGGUGAGCGAUCAAGAAGCGGUAGACGUGGUGGUGUCAAGGAAUCAUAUGAUGAUAGAGUCUUGCAGGAAACUUGUGGAAAUAUCAUCAAGCCGAGGGAAUCGAGAUGACAUUACUGUCAUGCUCAUUAACCUUCACAAUUUCAAGAUGAUCACCCACACCCACACCCAUAUAUAGCUACCUACCUAGCCCAUGCUCAAAUAUACACAAAUCAUCUUCAUGAGCAAUACUCACUAGCUAGCCAGGUUGAUUCAUUUUUGAAGAAUAGCUAGCUAGGUACACAUGAUCAUGCACAACCUCCUCCUCCUCCUCAUCUCUAUCCAAUGUAAACUAUUCAUAAUUAUGAUAUUAUAAUUACAUACAUACGGUUAGAUGGUAGAAGGAAGUUAUUUGCUAA